AAAAUGUCUGUAAAUAUACGUUGUGCUACUACAGAAGACCUGCUGAAUAUACAGCAUUGCAAUUUGCAAUGCUUACCUGAGAAUUAUCAGAUGAAAUAUUAUCUAUACCAUGCUCUGUCUUGGCCGCAAUUGAGUUACGUAGCAGAGGAUGAGAAAGGAAGAAUAGUGGGAUAUGUGCUUGCCAAGAUGGAAGAAGACUGUGAGGACAAUCCCCACGGGCAUAUUACCAGUCUUGCUGUAAAGCGCUCCCACAGAAGACUAGGUAUCGCGCAAAAGUUGAUGAAUCAGGCCUCUCGGGCGAUGGUGGAGUGUUUUGGAGCAAAAUACGUUUCAUUGCAUGUGCGCAGAAGUAAUCGUGCAGCUCUCAACUUGUACACAAGCAGCUUGCAGUUUGAAGUAUCGGAAGUUGAGCCAAAAUAUUAUGCGGACGGCGAAGAUGCUUAUGCUAUGAAACGAGAUCUUACCAGCUUCCAUCAUGAAAAGGCUCUUAGAGAUAGAGCGCACAAGGAGGGCAAUGUUCAUACGCAUUUAGGUAGAUGCUGUGGCGAUCACUCUUAGUCCAUUCAUCACAGCUACUGACGAAAUCGGAUUGAUUCUAUUCAUCAAAGUUUGACCUGGUACACUAGUAAAAAUAUUUUAUAUGCGAUUGGAGGAUGAAAGUUGUUAAAGUUUGCACGAUGGAGUAAGAUUGGACUUUGGGGUUGUUUUUCAGUUUACGCAAUGCGCAAUGUAAUUAAGACUUAUAAAAAUAUAAGAAAUAAAGGAUUCUGGGCAAUUUAAUUUAAUCUUGAUUUUUUUCAUUAUAACUUUAUUGAAUGACUGAAACUGUAAUUCACAUGUAACACGCCAUUAUGCAAAAUUAAUUGUUCAGGGCGUUGUCAAGCGUGUUGUUAAAAAGUAUGGUAGAAAAAAAUAAUAUUUUACAGCACUGAAAUGGGCUCAAUUUAUACAAUUCCUACUUACACUUUAAAAUUGGAUCUAUAUUUAUCUCGAUAUUUUCUUCUUCAAAUACUUUGUCAUUUUCAAUAUAUUUUGGCUUAAAAAUUAUUUUUGACAUUGCACGAUAUUCAAAUAAGUUUACUCCACUAAUGCAUCUCGGAUGUAUCAUUAUGCUGUGUAUACAUACU